AUGGGCGACACCUGGAGGCGUGUGGAGACAAAGACAGCCUCGCUGAUUGUCAGUCCUGACAGAUCUCAGUUCUUUAAAUAUGAGUCUGUCUCUCUGAGCUGUGAGGUUCAGGGGAACUCUGCUGGAUGGAGACUGAAGAGAAACACAGUCUCUGGGGAGCGUUCAGAUUGUGGAGGAAACUGGGGAAAACCAGAAGGGUCUUCAUGCAUCGUGUCACUAACACCAUCACACAGUGGAUUGUACUGGUGUGAGUCUGGGCCUGGAGAACACAGCAAUGCUGUCAACAUCACAGUACCUGAUGGAGCUGUGAUCCUGGAGAGCCCUGCCCUUCCUGUGACUGAGGGAGAUUCUGUGACUCUGCGCUGCAGAUAUCAGGGAACUCCCUCUAACCUCACAGCUGAUUUCUACAAAGAUGGAUCCCUCAUCAGGACUGAGACUACAGGAGAGAUGACCAUCCCUGCAGUAUCCAAGUCAGAUGAAGGACUCUACAAGUGUACCAACUCUGAAGGAGAAUCACCAGAGAGCUGGAUGACUGUGACAGGUGAUCAUGUUGAAGAAGAGUGAGGCUGAGAUCACCUGAUCACCAUAACAACCAUCAGAAUGGAACUCAUGGAAUUCUAAUAUAGAACUGUGAGUCACAAUGCUGUAUGUUGUGACAUUGUAUCUCCACCUGCUGGAACAAUAGUGGCAUUUGAUCAAAUGUGAUCUAUUAACUGAUACAUGUAUUAUUCUGAUUGGAAUGUGUUUUAAUAUAAUGUGUGUUGUAUUAUUCAUUCAGCAGCUUUAACAUCAGUCAUAUACUGGUCAUAUACUGUAUAGCAUUAUGGUUGAUACAUUGUAAAUGCCUUAACUUUUCAUGUCUAUACAGAUCAACUGAUAGGUGUUGAGGUUCAGGCAUUAUUGUUACAGGUUCAGUAUAAUGUUAUACCGUUACAUGUUACAGAGUUAGAAAACAUA